AUGACGAUAUCCAGAAACGAGAAUGAAAGGGUGUUGAUUGAGCCAAGUAUCAACUCGGUGAGAGUGUCCAUAAAGAUCAAGCAAAGUGAUGAGAUCGAAACCAUUCUGGUGGAUAAGUUCGUGGGGUUUUUGACCAAGAGAGCUGAGAACUUCCUCAUCCUGAGAAGGGUCCCCAUUGAAGGCUACGACGUCAGUUUCUUGCUGACAAACUAUCAUAACGAAAUCAUGUUGAAAAACAAAUUGGUGGACUUUAUAAUUGAGUUCAUGGAAGAUGUGGACAAGGAGAUCAGUGAGAUGAAGUUGUUUUUGAACUCUCGUGCCAGAUUCGUUGCAGAGACCUAUUUGACAGUGUUUGAUUGA